AUGUCUGCUCAUCGUAAACGAAGUCGUCCUCCGACUCUAGUAGGACGACCCAGUGCCUGUAACUCAGGCGUCACCCUUUUCACGCUUGAUGACCUCCCCAAGGACGAGUCUCUCGACACGGAACCUCUUAGCGCAACGCCGCGAAGGUCAAAGCGCGCGAAGUAUUCCGCGUCAGUCAAGUCUGAGAGUGUGGCUGAGGUGGCUGAAUAUGUAAACUGCUCGCCCUCAAGGCGCACAGCCUCUGUAGUCAAAGAGAGUGGCGCGGCUUCGCGCUGUGCCGGGAGUUCGGUGGCGUCUCCGUCGAAACAGUCCGUCGCGAAGAAAAAGCAAGCCCUGGCUGACCUUGAGAUGCCUCACCCUGCACCUCCACGGUGGCGUGAGGUAUAUGAUACUAUCAAGGACAUGCGCUCUCGUGUCGUCGCACCCGUCGACACCAUGGGCGCCGGUGCGGCACAACUUGGCGAGACAGAUCCGAAGUGUCAGCGCUUCUCCACACUAGUGUCGUUGAUGUUGUCCUCUCAGACAAAAGAUGAGGUUACGUCUGCGGCUGUCAAACGGCUACGUCAGGCCGUGGGCGGGAGCCUGAGCGUAGAUGCCAUUCGUCAGGCUGAUGCAAAGACUAUUUCUGACGCCAUAUGCAAAGUUGGCUUUUGGCGGCGGAAGACAGACUACAUCAAACGGACCGCUCAGCGUCUGCAUGACGAAUUUGGCUCUGACGUACCAAUGACGGAGGCGGAGCUGUGCUCACUGCCGGGUGUGGGACCAAAGAUGGCGAUUCUGACUCUUCACGUCGCGUGGAAGGUAAAUGCCGGGGUCGGAGUUGAUGUCCACGUGCAUCGAAUCACGAAUCGGCUCGGAUGGCAUAACCCUCCUACAAAGACACCCGAAGAAACACGUAGUAGUCUAGAGGCGUGGCUUCCCGACGAGCUGCGACCAACAUUCACAGGCCUGCUCGUUGGCUUUGGUCAGACCAUCUGUCUACCUAUAGGGCCCUGCUGCGAAUCAUGUCAGUUAAGUGAUGGGCUUUGCCCCAGUGCUCAAAAGCCCUCCGCCAUCAAGGUGCGGAAAGGCGGCAGCAAGAUCGCUGAAGUUACUGGCCCAAGCCUUGAAAUUAAGUUCGAAGAGCAGGAUUCUAAAGCGAACAUCACAUUAGAGCCGUAA